AUGGAAGUUCGUACAGAGCGUUUAGACCGCUACAAGCAUCCCGAGGAGGCAGUUGAGCCUGAGGUGGUCGCUCGUAAACGCCGUAAAAUCACUGUCUACGAAGCCGUCGCUGGCAAAGCUGGCUACGAGAGUCUUCUCCCAAGCGAGAAGCGGACUGCUACAAAGUAUCGAGACACCCAAACAAAUUCCUUGCAAUCUGUACCGCCAGACGAAGUCUUGUUCCGCCGUCAAGGAGCCCCUGAGCGCUAUGAAGAAUCCGACGUCUACAAGGCUCCCCAUCCAACCACUCCUUUACCAGAUUCUGACCUACUCAAAUCUCUACACCCUUAUGCAUCCGAAUUUUACUCAAAGGCCGCUCCGGACAAGGGCCAGAUCGAUUUCCAAUCUCUGGACGAGACUGCUUUGCUUGCUUUGGGCAUACUGCUGGAAGAGACAGCUGCCCUUCACCUCGGCGAGACUGGUCAUUCUGCCUUCAUCGAAGACGAGAAUGAGGACAUUAUGACUGGUAAGCGGGAGUACUGGGAUGGUGUGAGAUGGGUGAGGAGUGUCAUCGAAAAGAAGCCUGCCGGCUCCUGA